AUGAAAAUGUCCGAUUCUGAAGAUGAGAAUCAAACAGUAAAAAGUUUUGAAGAAAUUCACGAUGAAAUUCAAAAAUAUAAAAGAAAUCCAGAGACAUCGGGAAUGUUUGUAUCUGGGUGGGACGAUGCAGAUCAAGACGUCGAAGUUGUUAAGGAUCCGAAAGCAAACCCCAUUGAUUACGUACUGUGGGCAGCAGAAAAUGGCGAAAUCUGUAUAUUACGUGAAUUACUGAAAAAGCAGCCAGGUUUGGUUCAUGCUCAAGAUGGUGAUGGGUACACACCACUUCACCGAGCAGCAUACAGUAACCAUACUGAUGUGAUAUCGUAUUUGCUGAGCAUUGGAGCCAAUAUCAACACAAAAACACAGCUUGGAUGGACAGCUUUACAUUCUGCAUCAAACUGGAAUAAUUAUGUGGCUGCUGCAAGACUAUUAGCUGCUGGUGCUGAUCCUGGGGCUCUGUCUGAUGGAGGUCAAACUCCAAUGCACUUAGCUGCAGCUAUUAGUCAUUGUAAGUCAACAUUAUUAAUUUUAUUCCUAAGAGAUGAUACUGUAGACAUUGCGCAUAAAACAAAUAAUGCACAUGAAACUCCAGAACAGCUGGCUCAAAGACACGGAAUCUAUGGUCCUCUCUUUGAGAUGAUGACCCCAGCAGUGUCAUACAUAAAAUCCAUAUCAUUUACAUGUAAUCCUUAUUUGAGGCAGAAAACUAUAUAA